CCAUAGCCAUAUUACCUUCUCUGUUCUUCAUCUUCAUCAAAAACCCACCAAAUUCAACACUCUCUCUUUCGUCAAGAAUCAUGGUUGAAUCAUCGUCUUCAUCAAAUUUACCUGUGUGGCUUGAAUCUCUACUCUCUGAGAAAUUCUAUAAUGCUUGCGUAAUUCAUCAAGAUUCAAAAAAGAACGAGAAGAACAUCUUCUGUCUUGAUUGUUGUGAGGGUAUCUGUCCUCACUGUCUAACCCCUCAUGGCUCUCAUCGUCUCCUACAGAUAAGGAGGUAUGUGUAUCAUGAUGUUAUUAGACUUGGAGAUGCUGAGAAAUUGAUGGAUUGUUCUUAUGUUCAAUCUUACACAACAAACAGUGCAAAAGUUGUGUUCUUAAAUCCAAGGCCACAAACUAGAGCAUGUAGAAACUCAAGCAAUUGCUGCAUCAGCUGCGACAGAGCCCUGCAAGACCCAUAUCUCUUCUGCUCUAUUUUCUGCAAGAUUAAUCAUAUUCUAAGAAGUGAAGGAAUGAUGUCUGAAUACUUGCACGACUGCGAGGUGCUCACUUUACCGGAACCGGGUUUUGACGACGGUCUAAUGACACCUGACUCGGUCCUUGAACCUUUCGUUUCACUAAGAACUUCAUCUGGCUCGAGCGCCAGCUGCGGAGCCGCCGUCGUCGGAUUCGACUGCCGGACAAUUGCUUCCACUGCGACCACUGAGAUUGUGAGAAAAAAGAGAAGCUCAAAGUCGACAAUCCGACCGGUAGCUGCUUGUCUGCCGGUUACUUCUUUGCCGUCAGAAUUCUCGGCGAAUCGGCGGAAGGGUGUCCCCCGCCGUUCGCCUUUUCUAUGAAGUUUUCCGGUUAAAAGUCGUAGAAGUGAUAGAGAAAGAAAGAGAAGAGAAGAGGGCUAGGAAAUGGACCUGCAUUACGAUGAACGGUCAAGAUUUCUUUGACUUUAAUCUAACGGAUAGUAUUAGUUCUUGGACGCUCGAAUUUGUGCAACUGUUUUGCAUCCCGAAGGUAGGGACAUAAUCGGUAUUUCCGAAGUUUCCGAAAAUUGUCCUUGUAAUAUAAUAGAAUAUAUAGAUCAGUA